CUGAGAUGCUCACAUGACCAGGACAGCUUUCCUUGGGCUAUAAAAGACUUUAUUCAUCCGCUGCAGCAUCACUCGAUCAUCCAAUGUGCAUUGAGAGGGAGCCUCACGGGAGCAGUUCCGGUCUGUGCCUGAGUCCCGUCGUCUGCUCUCCCACCAUGAUUGUGCUCCUCGCAGUGAGUGUGCUGAUGGUGCCCUGGGUCGGGGGCCAUGCUCUGGACACCCCAAACCUUCCACAGGAUUUGCCUCCAGGACUUUCACCAAACAUCAAUACCACAUUCUUCAAUGGGGUGUUUAAAAAUGUGGAAAGUGUGGCUGAGAUUUUUGACUGUCUGGGCUCCCACUUCACCUGGCUUCAGGCUGUCUUCACCAACUUCCCCCUGCUGCUCCAGUUUGUGAAUGGCAUGAAAUGUGUGGCUGGCCUCUGUCCCCGGGACUUUGAAGACUAUGGCUGCUCCUGUAGAUUUGAGAUGGAAGGACUGCCCCUGGACGAGUCUGACAGGUGCUGCUUCCAGCAUCGCAGGUGCUAUGAAGAGGCUGCUGAGCUAGGCUGUCUCCAGGAUCCUGCCAAGCUUAGUGCAGACGUGGACUGUGCCAACAAGAGGAUCACAUGUGAUUCCGAGGAUCCUUGUGAGCGCCUACUGUGUACCUGCGACAAAACCGCAGUUGAGUGCUUGGCUCAAUCUGGCAUCAACUCUUCCAUGAACCUUCUGGAUGCUUCUUUCUGCCUGGCUCAGACUUCAGAGUCGACCAGCAGGAGAGAGCAGGUGACGCUGCUGCCUGGAGGGGUUCCUGCAAAGCCCACAGACACUAGCCUGGCAGCUCUGUCAGAAGAAGGUGAGAUCGCAGGUGAAACCAGAGCCGGCAGACUGCCCACCACAGUGUCCAGGACAAAGCCUAGCCAAGGUCUACAAGGCAUAGAUGCUGUGAGGACCACACCUCCUCCAGGAUCUACAGGGAUUAUUGCCACAGCUAAGGGUGUACCUCACAUCUCUGCUGGUGUUACACCUUUGGGGCUGGCAGUGUCAUCUGUUAACAGUGGUCCUCGGGUGGCAACUGGAAAAGCCUGUGACAGACUCGCCUUCCUGCACCUGGGGAGCGAGGUGAACACGCAGCUUGGAGAAAUGCUCUUUUGUCUGACAUCCCGCUGCCCGGAGGAAUUUGAGUCCUAUGGUUGUUACUGUGGAAGAGAAGGAAGAGGCAAGCCAAGGGAUGCCAUGGACAGGUGCUGUCUGAACCAUCGUUGCUGCCUGGAGCAGGUGAGGCAGUUGGGCUGCCAGCGUGGAAGACAUUCUAGAUCAGCGGUGGUGUGUGUGGACCACGCACCCAAGUGUGUGGGGCAGAGCCUGUGUGAGAAGCUGUUGUGUGCCUGUGACCAGAUCACGGCUGAGUGCAUGGCCUCUGCCUCCUACAACCAAAGCCUCAAGUCAGCAGACACACACGAGUGCCAGGGCAAGCCCGUGUCCUGCGAGGACAGGCUGCUCGGAGGACACUCGGUCUCUUCUGUGGGCUCCAGCUCUGAGGAGAACAGCGAGGAGCCCAUGGCCCACACAGAGCACCUCAGAAGCAAAAGGUUUCUGGGGAAGUCUGUUGGUCCCUCGGCAUCCAAACCACUCCAUGGAAGACAAGAUUCCUGAGUACAGCAAGGUCUGUUGCUCUGCUUUGUUGCUUUGUCACAGCCCAUUAGCCCUCCAUCCUGUCCACUGAGCCUUAGCAGAAGCUCAGAGGGAACAGGGACAGUGAGACCCGUACCCACACACUUCAGAAGUUUAUCAGUUCACGUAGAAAUAUGUACUGGAGAA